GAAUCUUGCAAAAAAACAGAGAGAAAGUUGUUGCUAAUACUCCUUUAGAUUAUGUUAAUCUAUACGAGAUGUGUUGCUCUUUUGAACCAGAUCAACGUCCAACGCUUGACAUAAUUUUGAGUAAGCUUAAUAAAUUAUCAGGCGUCGCAACUAUUAAAUUCAUUAUAAAUAAAAUUGCACAACAAAGAAAUUCUAAUAUUCGAGAUGAAAAUGGUAUUCUUGACUCAAACUCUUCUAAUGAGGUCCACAGCACACUUAGCUCGAAUUUUCCAAUC